CACAUGUGAUUAAUCAAGAAAUAACAGCUUUUUCUGCUGCUUUUUAAGAGGGAAGGACGCAGAAGAAAACGAGAAGUUGUCUCCUUGCCCCUUUCAUGCUAAUUAAUGCAUUCAGAAGCUGUACUGAAAGGAAUUUAAACUCGUGAUAGUCAUAAGAGGACAGAUCAAAGGAGAAAAAACCAGACCAAGUCAAAGAAAGCUGCAUAUGCCUUCAGUUAACAGACAGAAUACUGGUCUGAAGGAGGUUUGAGCAGGACCAACCUCACAAAAUGCCCAGAAGAAAUAACCACCAGGAUGGCAACUAUUUCAGAGGGAAAGGACACAUUUAUUUUGCAGCAGAAGAAGCUCUGGGUAUUGGACUUUUUAUUUUGGUGCUGGCAAUUUUACUUGCUUUUGGCUGCUGGUAUUACAAAAGACGUAGUGGCUACAAAAGUCUGCGGAGCAAAAGCUCUAGUGUGAGGACAAUACGAAACGUGGUAGGUGAGGGAGAAAUACUGGAAUGCAAAAUGGCUCUGCAGGACUACAGAGACUUUAAUUCUGUGGUACCUGAUGCUCCACCAGCUUACGAAAAAAUUGCUGCUGAUCUGUCACCACCACCUUAUUCACCAUGAUAAUAUGCAAUUUGAAACCCUAAACAUACUGAUUCUAUUUCUUCAUGCUCGCUCUUUAUUUCGUGUAUAUGUUUAACUUUCUUAAAGCUAAAAUCAUACAGAAGAAAACAAGAUGUAUUCAUUAGCAGCUGCUGAAAAAUAUUCCCGCUUGACUUACAGAACUGGUCCUCGAAAUGCCUUAAUAAAUCUGAACAUGCUUUUGUUUUAAGCUUUUCACUUCUUGCAGUCAGAUUAAUACAUUACAGUCUGGUCAUCUUGAAUCCUUCAUAGGUCGACACACAUCUGUAAUCACACACUAUUCAGUAUCAAUCAGAGUAAAAAGUGACAGAACCUUUGUUUACACCUUCCUCAUUUAGUUUGCCUUUCUCUAAAAAAUAAUAAAAAACCCCAAAAAAUCAAAAACAGCAAAAAACCACAAACACACAAAACCACACCAAAAACCAAAAACAAAAAAACCCUCCAAAUACUCCUCAGUCAGAGUGCGAAUUUCUGUCACAAAAUGUAACAAACCAUUUGAUUACAUGUCCUCUUAGAAACUAUUUUUCUCACCAGCAGUUUUAAAAUUAACUUCCAAAAAGUGGCUAUUUUUUACAACACACUUUUAUCUCACAUCACUUGUUUAUAUACCUAUCUCACAUCACUUGUUUAUAUACCUGUAAUGACUUAAUUCUUCAUAAAAGAUGAUCAGUCUAGGCAAUCUAAGAGUUUCUGCUUGGAGUCCCUACUGUUUGAUACUGGGACUGGAUUUAAUGACACCAUCUUUUGUUUCCUUAUGGCAGUCAUGUGAGAGAGCAGAAGAACUUUGUAAAUAUAAUGAUUUUACAAGUCAUUUCUUUCUAAUAUGAUGAAACUAUAUAAGAAAAUGCACAAUAACCAUGUUUCUUGAAGAAUGCAGAAGACAGCAGACUCCUAGGUGUUAAUUUUCCCAGCUUGCCAGAACACUAUCAGUAAAAAAACCCCAAGAAUUUUGACAUGCAUAAAUUGGCUACAUACUUAUUGUUUACUCAGCCUUUUUGUUAUUGUUUGCUUGCCAGAUUACUACUUAAGAUUAUAAGCAAAUCAAUAAAUCUAUACAUAAGGCCUGAUAUCUCACAGCAGGAGGCAGCUAAAAUGGUACAACAUUCAUUAAAAUAAAAAAUAGUUACAGAAGAAAACUUAUUUCAUAAAGCAAUUGAUUGCUAUUAGUAAAGAACCUAGUUCUUUGUCAUCAAAUAUGCAAAUACAAGCAUCUUAAAACAAAAAAAGUUUUCAACAUAACAGUUACUUGCCUAACAUAAAAACUCCAUAUAUGUUGAUAAGUAACAAGACAGUUUUUUGGAAAUGUUUCUUUUGUUAUAAAAGUGUUUAUAUAGAUUAGUAAAAUAGUUAGAAGGUAAUAAAUAUCAAUAAUUGCUGUAAAAGGUUAUAAUCCACCCAUUUUGUUUUUAUAAAUUUAGUUGAUAUAUUUAUUUAGAAACUUAGAGAUGUAUUUUAACCUAAAAAACUGUCUUACCUGUGUCAUUUCCAAUAUCCACCUGUCAGGAAAAAAAACUGUAGCAUUAUUUAGCAACACGAAGAAGAAUACACAGGAAAACAUAAAAAAUGCCAUCUUAUAGCUAGUAAGCACUAGAGAUGUGGAACACAAUUUUCUUGCAGGACUGGUAAGCUAAAGCUUGGGGAUAUCUUUAGCAACUCAGCACUCUGCAUUUCUCUACUCUAGGGCAGCAUCCUUUCAAACGAUUGUGUAGUGCUACAGUGGAAUAGAACUGCCAUACACAGUAAUUUUCUCAUGUCUGAGAAAAAAGUCAAUUAAAAAUUAUAAUAGAGAUUAUUUACUGUGAAGUGCUUAGAUUUAAAAAACCUUUACUUGAUGGCACACAUUUUUAGUAGUGUCAGAAUUAAAUGUAUUACCAGAUGUCGCAAAAGCUCAUGAGGAAGUUAACACUGAUGAAGUAGACAUGUUCUUUGUGGAACUAUGUAAGGCCAAAUUGUUAAAACCCCUCAGCAGCCAUAACUGGAACAAUUAAACUUUGAGCUGAAUUUAUAGAUAAUUAAAGGAUAGAUAAGCCCUCUGGGAAACCUCUCCUUAGUUUUCAGAAAGUCUUUUUUCUCCUGGUGAAAGCAAGAUUUUUACUUUAUAGACACAGUUAGACAGUGGUCUCAGGUUUAAGAGCACCAAAUUAAGAGCAUGAAACAGAGCUUCACAGAGCAUUCAAAUAGCUGUAAACUUCAUCACUCAUGCUGAAUGCUAUCCUAAAUUCCAUUUUUCAAUCUAGCUCUAUACCCAGACUCUAUACGGCAAUCUGGCUGCUGACUCAUUAAAAAAUAAAAAUAAAAAACACUGAUAAAAGACAGGUCAGACCUUGAAAACAAGAAUCCUGUAAUUACCAGAUUUGCAUGAUGCAAGAACUGGUACAUUCUGUAUUUCACUCAAUAACACUGCACUUUACCAAAGACUAGUUAAAACACUCCAAGACAUCUGUUCCUUUUAAGAGAAAUGCACAGAAAUGUUUUAAUUACCAUACAUAGUGAACAUGGUAUAGAGUGCUCAACUUCCUGGAAAGGCUUUCAGAUUAGACAGUUAUAUGACUCCAGAGAAGCAACUGGUCACCAAAAUCUAGAUUCAUAAUUUCUUUAGUUUGGUCAUGUAUGUAAUAGAGAGGACAUAAAAGUCAAAGACCACCUGCUUCUCUGGUUUUUACCCUCUUUGCAAUCAGAUGCCUUGUAUUACAACCAUAAUUUUGAACAAACAUGAUAUUUGUGCUUCAUUUUCUUCCAUCAAAAAAAGCUACAGAAGAAAUUCAUGGGCAAUUUGAGUUUUUCCUCAGGAUGCUGAUGAAGAGGUAGCUGAUCAUAGCUGGAGAAUGAAGUUCUGCUUGCUGCUUAUCUGCACUAUCAGAGCAGCAGACAGUGUUACUAAAGGUUAUCUGAACAAGCGGAUUAUAGGAACUUCUCCAUAGCUAUGCACAGAACCUUUACAUAGAUGUAAUACUUCAAAACCGACCACCUGCUAAUAUAGUGUGUUUUGGCCAGAUUGGUAAAUUAGAAUGGCAAUAGCAGUUACGCUUUCUGUGUUUGGAUUCCUGGUAUGACCUUGUUGGAUCAUCUACUUUCUAAUGCAGUUACAAGCCUUAAUGUAGCCUUCAAAGCUAUUGAACAAAGGUAAAAUGCAGCAGGUCCUGAUGAGUUCAAUCUUCCUGGUAUACUGCACCAUGUAGCAAAACACCCACUUGAGCCAAGAGCCAAAGGGUAUAGUCUACACAUGACAGAGAGUUAUCAUAAAAGAAAGUACCACAAGCUUUCCAUAGGAA